AUGGCUAGCAAAAGCAAGAUCCUGGUCGUCGGAGGCACUGGUUACAUCGGAAAGUUCAUUGUCGAGGCGAGCGCUAAGGCUGGAAACCCGACAUACGCCCUUGUUCGAGAUGCCACCGUCUCCGAUCCUGCCAAGUCCCCCAUUAUUAAUAAUUUCAAGAACUUGGGAGUCAAUAUAGUCUCUGGUGAUCUCUACAAUCACAGCAGUUUGGUGAAGGCUAUAAAAGAGGUGGACGUUGUGAUAUCGACCGUUGGUGCGGGUCAAUUAGCCGACCAAGAGAAGCUCAUUUCAGCCAUCAAAGAGGCUGGCAAUGUGAAGAGAUUUCUGCCUUCGGAGUUUGGGAACGAUGUGGAUCGUGUACAUGCUGUUGAACCAGCUAAAUCAGCCUUUAAUAUAAAGGUUCAAAUCCGUCGAGCCGUGGAAGCUGCGGGGAUUCCUUAUACCUAUGUGUCUGCUAACUUUUUUGCAGGCUACUUCCUUCCUAGCUUGUCUCAGCCUGGAGCCACAAGCCCUCCAAGAGAUAAAGUUGUUAUCUUAGGAGAUGGGAAUCCCAAAUCUAUAUUCAACAAGGAAGAAGACAUUGCCGUGUACACUAUGAAAGCUGUGGAGGAUCCAAGAACGUUGAACAAGACCCUCUACAUUAGGCCUUCUGGUAACAUCUACUCUUUCAAUGAUCUCGUGUCACUUUGGGAGAAAAAAAUUGGGAAAACCCUAGACAGAAUCUACGUUCCAGAGGAACAAGUGUUGAAGAACAUCCAAGAGGCUCCACUUCCCAUAAACGUGAUAUUAGCAAUCUCUCACUCAGCAUUUGUGAAGGGAGAUCAUACCAACUUUGAUAUUGAAGCAUCAUUUGGAGUAGAAGCCACCAACUUGUAUCCUGAUGUUAAAUACACAACCGUCGAUGAAUUCCUCAAUCAGUUUGUUUAA